GGGGAGGGAGAGAGGGAGAGAGGGAGGGAGAGCUGCUGUGCUGGCCUCGCGUGUAGCUAGUCGCCUCACUGGCCUUCCGACCGGGCCAGCGCACUCAGCAUCCCUCUCCCGCGGCCUCCUCGCAACUUUGACUCAUCCCCUCUGAGACUCCGAGAGGGCGCAGAUGGGCUGGGCGGGCGUGGUAGUGUGGGCGGCGUGGGCGGUGACCUCAGGGUUGGCCGUGCCCUUACCUGGGAGUUACUUCACUGACGAGGCGGCAGCGAGACUCCUGCACUAUGACCUCCACUCCGGCGACUGUGUGCUCUUUGGCGACAGGCGCAUUGUGGACGAGAUCAUGCGGGAGUUAGCAGCAAGCGAGAGUCCCGUGGCUGUCGUAGAGGCGGCUGAGCUGACUGCCUUGAUUUCCGCCUGCUACGAUCGCUCCAUACAUGACAAGCGGCAACCCCCCCCUCACGCAGACAACUUCCCUCACAUCAUCUACCCAGGAACCAAGUGGUGCGGGACUGGGAACGUCGCGGAGGGCUUGGAUGACCUCGGUUCCCUGAAGGAGGUGGAUGCCUGCUGCCGGGACCAUGAUCUUUGUCCCGACGACCUCGAGCCCGGCCAGACACGCCACAACAUUAGCAACGAGUCUCCAUUCACUAUGACUCACUGUGACUGCAACGAGAGCUUCAGGAAGUGUCUGAAGGACGUGGGCACAGGGGAGGCCAAGGAGGUGGGCUCGGCGUACUUCUCAACGGGGCUCUUCCAGUGUUACCGUCUGGCGAAACCUGUGAAGGGGUGCAAGCAGUGGGCUGGCCUCCUGACGCAAGCUUGUCAAGAGUACGAGUUUGAGGAAACUGGAGAACCCCGCUGGCAGGUGUUCGACAUGAAGGCUUUCGAUUAGAGGGAAAAAACGACGAGAUCUGAAGUUGGCUCCGGGUUUGCUGCAGUUGUACAUGAAAAACUGGAAGAAAAUGGAAAUGAAUCUUGAUAAACUACAUGGCAAGAAAAUGGAAACAAUGGAAAUAGACAAAAAGAAGAGUAAAGUAGAAAAUUUGGGGCAAGGAUAUAAGAAGCCUGAGUUUGGCUUAUAAGCUGUAAUAAUUAAGAGAAUGGAAACAAUAGGAAGAAGAAAUGAUGAAUGUACAUGCAAUGGAACAAAGGAAAAUAAACACGUCAGGUGAAAGUAAACAUUUAUCAGUGGAUAUUCAGUCAGCAAACGAGAUGAAACUCAUGAUAGGAAAAUUUAUUUAGGUUUGAAUAGAGCUUAGUUUUAAGGUACAGUUAAUCGAAAACCAGUGGUGAAAUAAUAGUAAGAAUUAAUAUGUUUUGAGGGGGAUAGGUAUAUAAAUUGAUGUUUUGACGGGAAUGAACAUAGAAAUCAGGUAUUUUGAUGGGAAUAGAUAUACAAAUGAAGCUGUUUUGAGGUAAGUAGAUAUAAAUUAUGGUCUCAAGGUACGUUUAUCAAGAUCCCACUGAAACAUGAAGAGAUAAGCAUGAGUGUAGCAAGAUAAAGGCAGCAGUCAGUCAGUCAGUCAGUCAGUCAGUCAUCAUCACCAGCGAGUCACACCACCGUAGGUUUAGGCACAGUAGACACCACAGAAUGUUCACAUUUUGUCCCCCAGAAAUUAGCACUAUACGUAUUAAAAUGCUCUGGUAUUUGCAUAUUAAUAAUUCUAAUAGGCAUUUGUGGCACCGAAGUAUUUUCAUAUCUUAAUAUUCAACGAGCACACAUCAUUUUAUCGCAGUUGAGUCAUAUUUUUUCCGUGAGCGACAUUUAUUUUCUGCACCUGCCGACAAGCGUGUAUUCUCGAGCAUAGACAUAGAUCUGUAGCGUCAUAGGCGGCUGGUGGUCCUGUAGCACUUAGCGUUUUCCAUUUUCAAUACCACUGGAUGAAUCAUCACUGUCUCUUCUUAGGACCAUGUUCUGAAACAUUUCUGCGCCGAACUUCCACUAUUUUCCAAAGGCUUUAGUUGAAGUUACACGGGUUUUUAAGGGUGUUUUUUUUUUUUUUUUUUUUUUUUUUUUUUUUUUUUUUUUUUUUGCCAUGGUUCUAGUGACAGAUUAACAAAAUCACUACGUUAUUAACAGGAGAAACACUCUUGAGAAUCCGGCUGAUCAUCUCUGUGGCCUUUGAAAAUGGUGGUGAGAGAGCAAGGCAUUUCUUAAUGUGAACCUAGCACGAGUGUCUGCACUCUGUACCGCCAAAUUUAGCACUUGGUUUCUGUAAUGAAGGCUUGUGUGGGAAGACCUCACGUUUGUAUUUGUGUUAGUAGAUGACACUGCUGUCACUGCGCAUCCCAGCGUCCAAACGUACAUGUGCCAAAAUUCAUAAGGUGACAGACGUAAUAUUUUCCUGAACUAGACUAUUUUUAGCUUAUCUAACGUCAUUACUGAAAACGGAAUUGUAUGUAUGUGGAAUCAUGAAAAGUUUGGCACACACACACACACACACACACACACACACACACACACGGAGAGAAAGAAAUUAAAGAAACUCACUACUUAAAUCAAUCCUCCGUAGAAGUUUUAUCAAGAAGGAAAAACGUGUUAAAACUCAAUGCCAGACUUUUUUUUUUUUUGAGAAUAGGCGGCGAGGACGAAGGUUUCAAGGUCACCUACAUGAAACAUCUGUGUUUGUGCUGUCAUGACUCUCUCUCUCUCUCUCUCUCUCUCUCUCUCUCUCUCUCUCUCUCUCUCUCUCUCUCUCUCUCUCUCUCUCUCUCUCUCUCUCUCUCUCUCUCUCUCAGUAUUACAAGCGUCACAUCGGAACACUUCAGCCUGGUAUUACUUUAAACAAUACAAUGAAUAACUGAAUG